CUGAUUUUACUGACGAAGAAGUAGCUAUUCGUCGUCGUUAAUUUACUGAAGUCUAGUCUAGUGUCUUUGCAGUUUUAUUUGACUAAAAGUUGACCAACGCGGAAGUCAGACAGAAGGCUUUUUAGUUUAAUGGGACAAAACAGUUCACAGGGCUGCAGAAUGUCUUCACCUGUCCGUGUCAUCGUGGUGGGAGCUGGUUGUCGAGGGGAGAACUACUCCCAGUUUGCAUCCGUUCAUCCUAAACGCAUGAAGGUUGUUGCAGUAGCUGAUCCAAGAAAAUUUGCCCGCACCAAACUUAAAAAACAACACAAAAUCGAUGAUGAAAAUAUAUUUGAAGACUGGCAAAGUGUAGCUGAAAGAGAGAAAUUUGCAGAUGCUGUGUUAAUUUGCACUCCAGAUCGCCUUCAUAAGGACCCUGCAGUGGCUUUUGCAAAAAAGGGCUACCAUAUUCUCCUGGAGAAACCAAUGGCAACAACUUCAGAAGACUGCACAAUGAUAGUGGAGGCGUGUACUCAAAGUGGCGUGAUACUGUCUGUGGGUCAUGUUCUCCGUUAUGAUCCACUUAUCCACAAGAUAAAGGAGCUUAUAGAUGCUGGAGUCAUUGGUGAUGUGAUUCAUAUUCAGCACCUUGAACCGGUUGGGUUUUAUCACUUUGCUCACUCAUAUGUUCGAGGGAACUGGAGGAAUGAAACGGAGAGCUCUUUUGCUCUUUUGGCCAAAUCAUGUCAUGACAUCGACCUGAUUCAUCACUGGGCUGGAGCACGCAGGUGUGUAAAAGUGUCCUCAUUUGGAGCCGUUAGCCACUUCCAGCGAAAAAGCAAGCCAGCAGGUGCUGGAGACCACUGCCUCGACUGUUCAGUAGAAAGAGACUGUCCAUACUCGGCAUGCAAAAUCUACUUGGACAGAGUGAAACAGGGCCACACUGGCUGGCCAGUGUCAGUCAUAUGCCCAAACUCAAUCCCUGACAUUGAGUCUGUAACUGAAGCUCUGAGAACUGGACCUUAUGGCCGCUGUGUCUAUGAGUGUGACAAUGAUGUCUGCAGUAACCAGGUUGUCAACAUGGAGUUUGAAGGUGGGUUGACAGCAGCCUUUUCUAUGGUGGCAUUCACUGAGGAGAUCUGCCAGAGAAAAACAACCAUCUAUGGCAGCAAGGGGGAGCUGUCUUAUAAUGGCCAUGAGAUCCGUGUGUUUGACUUUCUGACUCAGAGAUCCACACAGCACACAGCAAGCAGUGACGCUUGCAGGAAUUUUGGUAUGAGUGGACAUGGUGGGGCAGACUACCACAUCAUGGAUGCCUUUAUUUCUGCUGUGGCAAACAAUGAUCCCUCCCUGAUUCGAUCUGGUCCUGAGGAGACACUGAUGAGCCAUUUGCUUGUGUUUGAAGCUGAGCGAUCACGAGUGGAGAGCAGGGUAGUGAACUGUGGUGACAGCUGGCAAAGCUACAGCGCUACACAACAUUAAUAGGCCAGUCGUAGCCACUUAAAAUAGUUUCAAAUUAAUCUAAUUUAAAGGGCCAAAUCUUGUGUAAAUUGUAAUAAUUGAUUUGACCGUCUGUGUUUGCCUGCAAAUGUGUGACAGCUGAUCUGUCUCUCUAAACAGCUUCUUGAUCUACUCAGGGAUUAAACUGCUUGUACUUUUUGGAAAUCUUACUGAUAGAUUUAAGAGAGGACCUGUGUUGUUCUGCUCCUCGACUGAUGGAAGUAUAGCUCAGAGUAGUUGACUGUUAAUUAAGUGCCAAACUUAGUGGUUUAGCAACAGUUAAUGGUAACCAGUUUGUUCAGGUCAUUUUCCUCUGUUGGUGCU